AUUUUCAUAAUCAUUUUCACGACGUACCCCACGCAUGUUUGGGUUUCUUGUCGUAUGGAGCGUCGUGGCGUUGUUCGUCUUCGGGCCGUCUUCCCAUGAGGGACAUGGGGAACAGGGUAGGCCGGACGGACCGCCCGAUAGUGAAAGAAGCAGCGACGCGGAUCAGCGAUGGCCGUCUGCCCCAGACGUUCCCAUCACGACGGUUGCCAUGGACAUCCCGUUGUUGAAUGACACGAUGGCACCACCUUCCAAGGUCAAGUUCAGUUUCCCCAAGUUCGUGGGCCAGCCAGCCAAGUUUCCGAUCCCGACUGCACCGACGUGUGGCAUCCGCAAGGCCAAGUCGGCCAAGGAAGUCGUGUACAUGACCGUGGACGACGGACCGUCACCGUCGGGCCGGUUGAACCUGCUCAACGCGAUGGACCAACUCAACAACAGCACGAGCAAGGAGGCGGCGUACGUGACGUUCAUCGAGAGUGGGUACAACUUUUGCGGCCAAGAAACUGACGCGAUUGUCAACUUGAAGUGCAACCCCGCCGCGUACGACACGGCUUUGCAGUUGCUCGUGUGGACAAUCAAAGCCGGUCACAUGAUCGCAGCGCACUCGGACUCGCACUUUUACGACGCCAACGCGGGAUUGUGCAACUACGUGACCAUGUCCUUGGUGACUAAGGUCGAGGACAAGUACGCCAAAUGCGGCAAAGAUACGUGGUCUGACAUGGUCCGCGGCGCGUUGCGCAUCGACGACGCGCUGGCCAAUGAAACGCUAUGGGAGACGGACGCGGACCGAGCGGCGCACAAGCGGGCGGUGUCCACGUUGUGGUCAUACGCGCGGUUGCCGUGCACGAACGUGUGGCGGCUGCCCGGUGUGACGUCCGUGACCGGACUGCGCAAGGAAGACCUCGGGCCCGAGCGAGACCUUCGCAUGCUCACGGCGGAAAAGCUCUUUGGGGGGAAGCUUGAGUGCAAACCCGACACCAAGCCGUGGUUUGCCAUGGGGUGGGACGCCGAGUGGCGCUUGGACGCCAAGGCAACGUACGAUGCGCAGAAGGAAAAGUGCAAAGUCGCCCAAGACAUUGUCAACCAGUUCGACAACAAGUGGAAGGCUGGGCCGAGGGGGGACCACGUCGUGCUGUUGACCCACGACUACUUUUUUGCCGACGUGGCGAAAGCGUCUAUCUUUCGAGACGUGGUGGCCGAGCUGCAGCUGCUCGGGUAUACCAUUGGCACGUUGGACCAGUACCCCCUCAAGCAAUAACACGUGAGAGAUAGUGCAACCAGGAGUAUUUAACACCAGUAUUAUUAGCUGGACAGGAGAUAGUAUAAGGUGGUUGGCCGAGAGAUUUCACCGUUAUUUCAACGAUUCCCGUGUUUUGCC